GCGGUCUGGAAAGAUUCUGUAGAAAGCCUCCUGUCGUUUCUAUAGCAGAAAAUUGACAGUGCUUGUUGCUUGUAUUUUUCACUGGGGGAAGUGUCCUGGAUUUCAAGCAUAUAAUCCACCGGUUAUCCGAAAACAAAUAAUCACGCCACAAACAUUAAAGCGAAAAUGGGAAAAGUUCAAGGCGGAAUGAAAUGUGUCAAAUAUCUUCUGUUCGUAUUCAACUUCAUAUUUUGGCUGGUGGGCUCGUUGGUGCUGGCAGUGGGGCUGUGGCUGAGGUUCGACACAGACACCGUGUCGCUCCUAAAUGAAGAGGGAGCUCCGGACACCUUCUUCAUCGGUGUGUACAUCCUCAUUGGUGCUGGCGGGCUCAUGAUGCUUGUGGGCUUCUUCGGCUGCUGCGGCGCUGUCCGGGAAUCGCAAUGCCUUCUGGGAUCGUUUUUCGCCUGUCUCCUGGUCAUCUUUGGUGCUGAGAUUGCUGCCGGUGUGUUUGGGUUUUUAAACAAAGACAAGAUAAUUGAAGAGGUCCACAGUUUCUACAGUAAGUCCGCCACUGAGAACAACAACGGCACUACGAUAGCAUCCGUUUACCACAAAGUGCUGGAAUGCUGUGGCACAAAAGACUCAAACCCCACCCUCUGCUUGGAUUUGCCUGCUGACACCAAGGACUGUACCGCAGCCAUAACGGAGUUCUUCAACAAUAAGCUGUACGUCAUCGGAUACGUGGGAAUCGGCAUCGCCGGAGUGAUGAUCAUCGGCAUGAUCUUCAGUAUGGUGCUGUGCUGUGCCAUCAGGAAUAGCAGGGAGGUGAUCUAGGCUCCGCCCUGCCCUGCCCCCUGACCCCACCCACCCCACCCCUCCAACCCUCCGACCCGCAUCGGAUCUUUCCAGACUCGUCACGGCGUCUGCGACGGAGCUUCUCCGACGGGAUUGGUCCAGGAGAGCCAUUUAAAGAUCCAGGAAGCCACUCCGUCCAACCCCCUCCCUUUUUUUCCCAAAACACGUACCAAGUCAACAGUGGGCUCUGUAGGGGGGCCCGUGGUACACGCUAGUGAUGUCAUUAGCGAGUGUCGUUCGGGCGCUAGUCUGAUCUCUCUCUUCCUCGUUCGCUAUAAUCCAAUUAACCUGUUUUACAGCACAGUGGUUUCCACACAGAAACUUCAUUUGUUUUCAUCGCUGUUCAGAGUCCACGCUGACUAGUGCUCAGCACACACAACAUAAGAAUGCAUACUGAUGAGAACAGACCAUUCGGCCUGUCUAGGCUCAUCCUGUACCUACAUACUGGAGAGCGUCCAGCACUGUGUCAAGCACUGGUGUCUCUCCCCCGACCACAUGACCUGACAAGCUGUUCCACACACUGAUAGCUCUCUGUGUGAACGCAAAAGCGGUACUCCUGCAGAAUUGACUUUUUCUCAUUUCCACCAAUGGAAAUUAUAGAUUAGAUAUUUUUCCCUUUUAGGGGUUAAAAUCCUCAAUUAAUUUCUCUUUAAACUGUUCAGAAGUGUGUUGAGUUAUUGACCAAACAAUUUAACUCUCCUGAUGACUUUCCUAACUAAACUUAAUUUAUUCUCACAGUCCACAUUGUUAUAACUGCAAAUAGCAUCCGUAAAGUCCUUGUAAGAUAUUUGCAGGCGAGGGCAUUCUGUUCUAAAAAUGUCAGCAGCAGCAGCCUCUGGUGUCAGCAGGUAAAAAUAUUAUGUAAUUUGACACUGAGAGGUCGUUGUUAGAGGCCCCCAAAACAUCCAUAUGGUCUCCCCACCCCCAUACGCAUACACAAACACCAACAUGCACACACUCAGGGAUAUGGAUGUCUGUCCCCAUACGCACACACAAACACCAACACACACCCACAUACGCACACAUAAACACCAACACACACCCCCACACGCAUACACAAACACCAACAUACACACACUCAGGGAUAUGGAUGUCUGUCCCCAUACGCACACGCAAACACAAACACACACCCCCAUACACGCACAGAAACACCAACAUACACAACCCCAUACGCACACAUAAACACCAACACACACCCCCAUACGCACACGCAAACACCAACACACACCCCCAUACGUGCACAGAAACACCAACAUACACACCCCCAUACGCACAUGCAAACACCAACACACAUCACCAUACGUGCACACAAACACCAACAUACACACCCCCAUACGCACACACAAACAGCAACAUAUACACACCCAUACACACACACAAGCGCCAACAUACACACACCCAUACGCACACACAAGCGCCAACACACACACCCCCAUACGCACACACAAGCGGCAACAUACACACGCCCACACGCACACACAAGCGCCAACAUACACACCCUCGUACGCGUAGAGAAACACCAACACACACACGCUCAGAGCCGCAGCCCUCAGCCAGCCUGGUUGCUAUGCAAAUACGCAACAUUCCCGAAGUUCACUGACCAAACUGUAAACCUUUGAGUGCUUACUGUGUGGAAACCGUGUGCCUGUGGGAGUUUGGGAGAGCUAACGGCCUGCCCCAGACAGGGCACCGCGGGCAAGCCGCCAGGAGCCCCUUCUGCUCAACGUCGGACGGCACUAGCGGCAAAUUGGCUUGGGUCGCUCACAAGAAACGGGCAGUGAACGUCAAGGGCCAGAUCUGAUUUUCUGACGCCAGGUGUAUCGUAUUGGCUGAACUUUAUUUUGCUCCAAGCAUGGGUUUCCUCUAUAGUCUUCCUCGGAGGAAGGGUUCUUCAAUGGUGCGGUUGCCGUCAUCACAGUAUAUUAUAACAUGAACUAGUUUGAUGGCUAGCUAGACACUGGCGUAGCAAGCCGGGCUGUUACCAAAAAAAUCACAGAUAUUAGACGGCUUUACCGAUUCUUUCUUCCGGCUCUUUUCAGUUAGAGGGCAUCAGUUGUCCGUCAACAAGCAAAUCGCCAGAAUGCUAAAAAAAAAAAGCAUUCACCAGAUGUGGUUAUGGUGUGUGUUGCUUAGCGCCGGAGCCCCGCCCCCUGCAGCCUUUCUUGUGCGUGUCCCAACCGACUUUGCGCCCGAGCUUUGAGGAUUUGUACAUUUUGUGUGAAUUUGUAAUUUGUCUCUUAAUUUUUUUUACUUGUUUUUUUGUCUGUGUCUGUUUGGUAGCUCAUGAAAUAGCUGAUUUGGGAUGUACUGUCAAGAUGUGUAUACUAUAGAGGCAGCUUGUGUAGACUUGUGUUUGGUAAUAAUGUAAAAGAAGAAAACUGUUGCUUUUCACAGCAUGUCCAUACUUAAUGUGCCUUUGGUGUUUUUUUAAACAUACACAAGAAAACAAAUCAACAACCUUAACGUUGCAUAUGAAAGUUUUUAACUGUGCUGAUGUGUAGAGUCAAUCAGGCUAGUGGCUUCCAGUGCAAGUCUAAGCAGCAGUAAAGUUCCAAAAUUAAGGAGUCAUUUAAAAUGAAAACAAUUCCCUCUUAUUGGUCUUUUUAUAUAAUAGAUUUUACGUGUGAAUUGGCUUUAAUACUUAAAGUGCAAAGCUGCUUACAUGAUCAUAUCUGCUAUGGCCUUGCAGCAGUUAUCCGUUAGGAAACACAUAUUUCUAUCGAUGGCAGCCAAUUCAUCUCAAAAAUGUCUGUUCAUUUCUGAUGGAUUUUGACCAGGGGUGAAGUGCUGUAAAAAUCUCUUUUUUGUAAGGGUAGGUUGAGAGAGAGAGAUCUAUUCACCUUCCCAGAAACCCAUCAAAAGUCAUGUGAUCAAAGAUCCGGAGUAAGACAGGCCAGCUUAUUUAGGAUAGUGUGUCAGGACCUGAGGCAUAGGCAUGAACUUGAGAUUUGUACCGUAUAACCAGUUCUCCAAGUGCGCAGAGAAGCCUUCCAGUGCUCUAUUUGACAGGAAAAUGUACCAGUUUGUUAAUUCACAAGUAGGUCAUACCAAAUUGAGGCAUCAGCAGUAACUGGGUUUUCAACUUUCAAACAAAUUUAACCAAAAGACAGAUGCGGACAUAAAAGGUUUGCAGAACAUGACUGUGCUUGCAAAAGACAUUUGGAUACAAAUGAUUUGGAGAAAGUAAUGUGCAGAUUGAAUAUUGGAAGAAAAAAGUGACUGUUGUUUAGACUUCAGUACGUACUUCUGAUAGGGGAAUAUAACACCUUUUAGCAUUGUAUUCUGUCCAGGUUUUUCAGGUGUGAGUUGUACAGGCAAAAAUGCAACGUUAUGGAACUUUUUAUGUGCCAAUGAGAGGUGAGGUCCAAAGAUAGUUUUGAAGUACACCACGACCUCCAGCUAUGGAUUUCACCUCCCAUACGCACCUUUUUGCUAGGCAUUGCUCGAAAGGUUCAUUUGGCCAUGACCAUAGAUGUAUACUUUGGUGAACCAGAAUGAAGACUUGAAGUACUGUACGCAUGAACAAAAAGCAGUACGACCGAACUGUCGAUUGAUCUCUUGUUAAUUUAUUUAAUGGCUGAUAUAAUUUGAGUUGAAGUGGCAUUCAGGCUUCUCAGGAAGAUAGUUGUGCAAGAACUAAUAAACUUUUCUAAAGUUC